AUGAAGAUCAGAGUGGUUCAGAUUUGGGGAUUCUUGAUGACCGUGUUGGGCUGGAUCUUUGUGGCCUGCACUAUGGCCAUGGAGGGCUGGAAGAUCUCUCCCGUUGGCGGUAUGGGGGGCUCAUCCAUCAUCAAGGUGGCCUGGCACUGGUCCAGCUUGUGGAAAUCUUGUUUUACAGAUUCAACCGCUGUCACCAAUUGCUACAAUUUCCCCGUGCUCUGGUCUGUGGAGGGCCACAUUCAAAUAGUGCGAGGCCUGCUGAUGGGAGCUCUUUCCGUGGGCAUGUUGGGGUUUAUACUCAGUCUGUUGGGGAUGGAAUGCACCUACAUUGGUGGGAAAGACCAGUCAAAGUACAAGAAGAUCUAUACAGGUGGAUGUUGUCACAUCCUCAGUGGUGCACUGUCCACAUCAGGAUAUGCUGUUUAUGCUCAGUAUGUCUCAGAAGAAUACUUUAACCCUAACUUCAAUGGACUGAAGUAUAACCUCGGCACUCCCAUCUUCCUUGGUUGGGUGGGCUCAGCCUUUCACAUGGCCGGAGGUGUUUUCUAUCUAUGGUCAGUGUGUACACCAUUCUGUGGAGAAAACCAAACCGUUAUCAAUGUUCAAGCACAACUGGACCCAGAAGAAAACAAGCCGACUGAAGUCCCUUCAGACAAAUCAGAGAAGACCUCUAAAACCAAAAUGUCUUCCAUCUCCGAGCUGUCGUCCAGAUCUGAGUGCUCAGACGUCCAGCCUCUCAACUUCAUCGGAAUCGCAGAGCAACAGCUACAGCAGGCGUACCGUGUCCUCGCUGUCAGACAGUUUGACUGGUGA